AUGGGACUUAAAUUAGGUCUUACAAACAGUGGUAAUCAAGCCUUGACUAGUAUGCUUAUACGGGAAAAAAAUGAUGAACACCUUGCUAAUUUUAUUGGUGAGUCUGCAAAUGAUCCAAAAAUCCAAAACGACAUCUCCAAUCUUAUUGUGAUGGGUGAAAUUAAACGAAUUGCUCUUGUUGCUCAUGAUAAUAAGAAGACAGAAUUGAUUGAAUGCCUCCGAUCACAUCGUGAUGUACUUGCUAAACAUAAAUUGUAUGGUACUGGUACAACUGGAUCAUUAGUAGAAAAAGAACUUAAAAUACCUGUAACUAAAUUUGAAAGUGGUCCAAAAGGUGGUGAUCAGCAAUUAGGUGCGAAAAUUACUGCACGAGAACUUGAUAUUCUCAUUUUUUUUAUUGAUCCUUUGGAUUCUCAUCCUCAUGCCUCCGAUGUACAAGCACUUCUUCGUUUAACUCAAGUUUAUGGUAUUGUCUGUGCUACAACUGCUGCUACCGUCGAUUUCAUACUUAGCUCAGCAAAGAUGGAUGAACCGCAUGUACGAAAAAUACAAACAGGCCAAACUUCGAAACCAAAAUAA